GGUGUUCGUGGAAACGCUUGACAAGUGCUUUGAGAACGUGUGUGAGUUAGAUCUAAUUUUUCAUUUUGACAAGGUACAUUACAUUUUAAACGAAAUUGUCAUGGGAGGAAUGGUCCUAGAAACAAACAUGAACGAAAUUUACUUGCGGAUUCAAGAACAGAACAAGAUAGAAAAGCAAGAGGUUAAAUAAUC